CCAUGCGCCGGGCCGCGCCGGCAGCCCGGGGACCCGGCGCAACUUGCCCGGCAGCCUGAGGAGUUGGGGCGGCCGCGGGCUCGGUGCCGCGGCGACCGGCCGUCGUUCUUCCCUCUCACCCGCCCCCUCCCUUUCGGCUGUGGAGGAAGGGGUUCGAGUCCCCCCUCCUCCGAGGCCCGGUCCGUCCCCGCCGAGUCCCGCGCCCCCAGCUGAUCCGCACAACUUCCCGGGAGCAGGGACCAAAGUGAGCGCAAAGUGCUACCCAAGUUGCCGGGAUGGAGCUGCAGAGCCGGCCCGAGGCGCUCACCGUGGAACUCGCGCGCCACCAGAACGGCGACCUCAAGAAGCAGCUCCACGAAAGGCAGCCGCGGAUCGCAGCGCUCAGCGACAAACAAACCUCGGGAACCACCACUGCAGUGCCUGUCACGGGUCCUCAGGUCAGCUCCUUGCAGAGGUUGGCUGGGCAAGGAGCGGCAGUGCUACCUCAGGUUAGGCCAAAGACUCUGAUUCCAGACAGCCUCCCCAUCACCCCGGGCAGGGACCGGCCACCCAAGCAGCCCCCAGCAUUGCAGAAGGCCACUGUGGUCAGCAUCAAGAACCCCAGCCCAGCCCUUCCCACCGCCAACAACACCGUCAGCCAUGUGCCAACGCCCGGCGGCCAGCCCCAGGCCCUUGCCGAGCCCACCGCCAUCGCCUCGCCCCUGAGCAGCGCUGGGGUGGCCUACGCCAUCAUCUCCACCUCCCCCAGCAAUGCCGCCGCCAUCGCCCCCAGCACCACCGUGCCCGUGGUCAGCGAGAGCCUCCAGGUGCAGCCCCUCCUCAUCAGUGCCGACAGCAAGGUCAUUAUCAUUCAGCCUCAAGUGCAGACGCAGCCCGAGAGCUCAGCGGAGCCGCGGCCGCCCUCAGAGGAGCCAUCUCAGGGAGCUCAGGCCACCAGGAAGAAGAAGGAGGACCGGCCCCCGAGCCAGGAGAGCCCCGAGAAAAUCGCCUUCAUGGUCGCGCUCGGCCUGGUGACCACGGAGCACCUAGAAGAAAUCCAGAGCAAGCGGCAGGAGCGGAAGAGGAGGAGCACGGCCAACCCUGCCUACAGCGGCCUCCUGGAGACCGAGAGGAAGCGACUGGCCUCCAGCUAUCUCAACAACCCCCUGUUCCUCGCAGCACGCGGCCUUGAAGAAAGACGAGGGCGUGCCCUGGACUGGGAUGCUGGCCAUCGUUCACUCCUGCGUCACCCACAAGACAGUGAAAGAAGAGGAGAAGCAGAAGCUGCUGCAGCGGGGCAGCGAGCUGCAGAGCGAGCGCCAGCAGCUGGAGGAGCGGGACCGGCAGCUGGCGUGCGCCGUGCAGAAGUGCUUGGAGCUCAAGACCAGCCUGCUGGCCCGCCAGAGGGGCACCCAGUCGUCACUGGACCGCCUGCGGGCCCUCCUGAGACUGAUACGGGGCGAGCAGAUGCUGCAGGCCGCCGUGACAGCCACCAGCCCUGCCCAGCUGCUGGCUGGGCCCUGGACCAAGACCCCAGCAGCCACCAUGCGCUCUGCCCUCCAGCACCCCCAGGGCCACAACUGACCCCAGGAACCUGUCUUCAUGCCCAUGGAAAAUCAUUGGGACCCUGCUCACAUGACCUGGGGGUUCUGUCGGCCUUAAUUCAUAAACACUAUGAUUUUCAGACAAAAAUAAAACCAGACAGAAAGACCACGGAGAGAAGGGAGGAACCAGACCAGGCCGGCAUCCCAGAGCCAGAUGGGGUGGAGGCUGAGUCCCACCCUCCCCGGUCAGAGGGGAUGCCUGGAGGUCAGGUGGGGGUGACAGGCUGGGGCACAGGCAGCCCCCAUCCUCAGCCGUCCCUGGCUGCCCUGGCUCAGCCCUCUCCAUGACCUCACGCUGCCCCCAGGGAGAGGCUAGCCAGCCCUUGGCCACGGAGGGUGGCACCGGUCCUCGGGGAGGAAAGCCAGGAUGCAGUUAGCUGAGUAGUAGGUAGUUGGGUUGAGCCCUCGGGCGAGACGUGGUAGCAGAUCUAGGUAGUUCUCCGGCGCCCGCAGGGCAUCAGCCGGCACUCCCUGCGCCUUGGGUGUCAGUGUUACUAGGUUAAGAGGUGCAGCUGUUUGACUUGAGAAGCUGCGGGGUGCUCUUCCCCAGGGGUGGGGCGCCCUUGCCAGGGCCGCCACCCGCAGCUCCGGCCGCGCCCCCUCCGUUCCAGCCCACCUUCUGGACUCUUUUGCUACCGAUGUAUUUUUCUCAUGGAGUUUUUUGGGCAAGAUGGGACGGAGCCACGCAGGGGAGGCAUUUGGCAGGUCUCGGGUUUGGAUUGAAGCCUCUUUUCUCCUUUCAAAGAGCAGAUAAUGCCACUGUCCCUCCUUGCCAGUACAGACACUAUGCCAAAAAAUAACCUUACGUUUUGGGUGGCGUUUCUGUGGUAGGGUACUUAACGUGCGGGGGACGCCGGCUCGCUUCGUUUUCUGUGUCUGGUAGUCUGUGCUUCCAGGUUCAAAUGGGAACCCGCCCCCGGGAGGCUGGCCGGAUUGGAGCCACCCAGAGGGCUGUUAGAGAACUGGGUGACGGUGUGGAGGAGCGAGGGGCGGUGGACCUUGGAGACUGGAGAGGCCCGGCCUCCCGCGUCUCCUCGCCAGCCGAGCCCAGUGGCCGGCAUCUCAAGGGCUCCUGCGUCCUGUGGGCCUUGCCAGCCCCGGUGCCCACCAGCUUCCCUGGCCCGAGGGACUCUGCACGGCAGGCUUGGGGUCCGGGAGCCACAGGGCUCCGCCCGGCAUGUCCCCCGGUGCUGCGCAAGUGCAGGCUGGCCACAGACCCGCACCACGCACGCAGACAGGUGCAGAGCCAGGGCCGGGAGCCCCCCCCCCCGCCCUCCCGCCAUUCCACGACUCCGGGAGAAACUGUGCUGUACGAUACAGAUCUAUUUUAAUACUCAACGCUGGGUGAACAAGAUUUUUAUAUUCUUUUAUUGCUGAACAGUGAGCCGCGCGGCGCUCGCCGUCGAGGCGGCUGCUCCGCCGUCCGCACCCGCGGCCUGUGGUGUGAAUGUGACCAGGUUCUCUUCCCUUGGUUCGCUUUCUUGGUUGGAUUGAGCUCAGUUUUUCAGAAUGUGACGGGAGGACGUGAGAGGCUGGACCGGGAGGGUAGCUGCCGCGUGUCUUGAGACGUAGAUUUGGACCAGGGAGCCCCGGCCAGGGGGUAGUGAGGGUAGAGAGCAGUGUGUCUUCAUAUGCCUGUAGUUUCCCUCGAGCGGUGCAUUAAAC